AUGUUUACGCCCCCGCCUUCUCCAGGCAUUCCGCCAAACAAUACCCCUCCCACAACCGCCCCCAAUGUCAAUGCCAAGCGGCGAAUUGGGAGACGGACAAGAUGGACAGUCGUCUUGGUCCCUCUGGCGCUUAUUUUCAUAACCGCGUCUACCCGCUACCUCACUCACCCCGCCGCCUUUGACUGGCUCUCCUCUUCCGAAAUAUCUUAUUUCGACAAGCGCGCAGACACUCCCGCGUUUGCAACUCUCUCUGGCUCAGCGCAGUCGUCUGCCCCGCCACCCGCCCCGACUGGCCCACCGUCGCAACAAACAGUACCUGUUGUGCCUACCUCUCCUACCCUUCCGGCUCCGUUCCCUCAACCAUUCGACACGGCCCUCAGCCAGAACUUUUCAACUAUCUCAUGUUUCAAUUUCUUCCAGAACAUGACCAACACCGUCCCCUUCAGAUCCUGCAGGGCAUUCUCACUUCUCUUGCAGUCGUCUAACGCGUUCAUUGGGGCACAGUCGGAUUUAAGCCGUCUAAAUACUCUGGUCUGGGGGACAUGCAACACGGAACCCACAGCAGACGCCUGUGCAGCGAAUAUGGCCUGGUUUUCUGCCAAUCUGGCAUCAGCGUGUGCCAUUGACCUGAAGGAUAGGAAUAGCAUGGCUGUCAACACGCAAACUGCCCUAGAUGCCUAUGGUGUGAUGCGCAGUGCGGGCUGUCUAAUUGACCCUACGACCAACAGCUACUGCUAUCUCAACGCGGUCCACAACUCGAAUCCGUCCGAUACGUUCUUCUACUCCCUCCCCCUCGGUAUACGCGUCCCCAACAACACCAUCGCAUCUUGCUCCGCAUGUACCAAGAGCUUGAUGACACUAUACUAUACCGCGGUAGGCAACUCAUCGACAACCCCGGCGUUGGCGCAUCUCAAAGAAGCAUACCCCAAUGCCGCCAAGAUUGCCGUUGCUGAUUGUGGAACAUCCUAUGCAACACUCGCAACGGCUCAUUCGGGAGCUGAGUCGUUAAGGCUACGUCUAUGGCCUGGAAUUCUGCUCCUCGUGGGUAUUGCCUCUGCCAUGGCAGCGUUACCUUGA